CAAAUAGGGUAUUGCUGACACUGGGUAUAUCAGUACAGCUUUAGAGGCUCAUCUCAGACACUGCAUGUACAUGUAGUUCGAAAUUGGAUUUGCUUAUUUUGUUGAUAAUUUCAGGUUCUGCUCUUCCGUACGAUUAAACUAUCAUAUCUUGCAGUAACACACUUGACCAACGUUUAGAAAUGUUGAGGUCGUGUUCAUAUCAUUUUGGAAGUUGAUCAAGCGUUGGCAAUUGGUACGUAUUCGACUUUUGUUCAUUUGCUUUGUUAAUUGUUUGUUGAACGGAAAGCAUAUUUAAAAUUGAGCGGUUUUUAAUUGCAAUUUAUUUAAGGGAGAUAUUCUAUGUAAGUAUUCAACGUAUUCGGGUAAAUUUAUCUACUUCAUGUCUACAACGCCACAAACACUUCGCUGAUACUGUGGCCACGUGCAUUACCCAAAUGCGCUCAUCGGAGAUUUCAUUUAUCACCGUCGUUGUACGACAACAAGAAACGUGAAUAAAGAAUGGAUUUCAUUUCCUCAGUUAAUCGACGGCUUUAGUGGCCUAAUUUAACAAUGUUAAUGUAGUCGUUUUGAUCUCAGUUACUGUACGAUGAUACAAUAUCGUAUCGUGCCCUAUGAUUCUUCCGCAUCAUCGCAACCUAGCUCCCAGAAUACAAGGAGAUAAACACAGUGAACGGAACAGCUAUUGAAGAUGUCAGCUAUUGUGACGGGCUGGCGGCAUUAUGACAACAGAAAUGCUAUUGCGUGCCUCCAUUGUAUGGUAUCGAUUCAUUCUUACACCCGUGUGAUUCACAUGUGCAUGUUGCAAGAUGUCUAGGAGCACCCACUCCGGUGUAAUAAUACCGACCAGUGGCAAGCUACAUCUUUUGAUGAUCUUUGAAAGAGUACACUGUCUUGCAAUGUGAGCAACAUGACUUCACCCUUCAUCUUUGAAGACGACUGAAACACCAAAAGCGAUGAUACGCAAAACUGCAUACGUGCUGAUUUCAACUUUGGCAGCGAUCAGUUUGACAUAUAUGUAUGUCGUCUCAAAAAGACUAGUUUUCUACUUUCAUCCAAAUGACGGAGGCUUCAUGGUACGCAGUUUACAGCUAAAACAUGCCCCCUCUGGGCAUCUUCGGCCCAAGACCUUGUCCGAUGGCGUCUGCACUGAGCAUGCUCAGGGAAAGAAGUCGAACAAAGUUGUCUUGACAACGACCAAUGCCGCUUUCCGAGAUUUCACCGACAACUGGCUGGAAAGCAUCAGGCGGACGAGGGCGUGUCCCAACAUCAUCGUAGUGGCCGAGGACGACGUCACGGUGACGUACUACUCCAAAAAGGUGCCGGAUUACCCCGGCCUCCAUGUCGUCAAAACAAACUCUGGUGUGGCCUCCUCCGGCCCUCUGGUAUUCGACACGCUGAUCUACAGACGCUUUGUCAAUAAACGCCAGAAGUACAUUCAGGAAUACUUGCGCCAGGGGUACGAGGUCCUAUUCACGGAUGUAGACACCUACUGGUUCAAGGACCCGUUCCCUUUUUUUGAAGGCAACUUUGACCUAGCAGUAGAGGAAGACUUGCCGAGAUUUUACUGCGCGGGGUUUGUGUACUUUAAACCCACUAACCGGACGCUAGCAUUCCUUUCCGAGUGGAUAGAAUUCAUGAGGUCAGACACCAGUUUAAAACCAGACCAGGUUGUGAUGAAUAAAUUCAUCGAGCAGAGGAAGGUGCCCAGGCUAAAGGUCAGGAUACUAGACUCGAAGCACUUUCCUAACGGAAAGCUGUACUCAAAUCGACAGUGGAGGGAAUACCACAAAAGAGACGUGGUGGUCAUGCACAACAAUUUCAUUAUAGGGCAUGACAAAAAACUCGAACGCUUCAAAGAGUACGGAAUGUGGUUCCGUCGAAAUGACACUGAAGACUUAGGGCCUAUAGGACAACCUAUUUACACGUGAACUGAUCUUCUCCGAGUCUUAAGUGGGUCACAAUUGUGAAUGUUAUGCAUUGUACCCCGAAUCCUUCUACGCCCAAAACGCCAGGAGUCACACAAGGUACCAGUUCUCUCUACUUGCGCAAUGGUAACCCCAAAUCCCGAAUUCCUGAGACUGUUGAAUAAUAUUGUAUUCUCCUUUAAAACAAACAAGUUAAUUUGGCUUGUCUCAGCAUGCAACCUUGUAAAGGAAAGAUUUAACUGUAGACGUAUAACUGUCCAAACCUUAUGUGGAUGUGUCUCGUUCGUCGACGCGUCGACCCUGUCGUUGUUUUUGAAUAAAAUCUACGAUAACUGCUUUGUGCAUAUAUGUUUUUAUGCACUGCAAACAAGGUCAUGUAUUACUACAGAAGUGAAUCCGCUAAAAUAGGGUUUUGAGAGCAUAACCUAGAAUUACCAUAAUACUACGCGACCCCCAGUCUGUCAUUAUUACUUAUAACUAACAAUCAUACAGCCGACACGUAAGCUAGCUGCCUGGGAUUUACUUUCAUCAAUGAAAAAAAGGACAACUUUUAAACAAGAUAAGUAAAAGCA